UAUUGUACAACUUCUAUUGAGUGUUCUGAAAGAAUCACCUUACUCUGUCUUUUUUAGAUAUGUUUGAUGCCAGGAUCUUACUGUUGCUGUUCCUGUCUGGGACAAGAGCAUUCAUGAUCCACAACACCCAGCACAACCUGUGUCUGGAAGGUUCAGCAGAUACAGGUGAAGUCCAAUUGAAGACGUGCAACCUAGACUCUGAAUAUCAGCAGUGGAUUUGGAUCAGUCGGGACAUGCUGAUGUGUGUCGCAUCAUCUAGGUGUCUGUCAGCCCAGCACAAAGGGCCAGUGCACACCCAGGAUUGCCAUGGACCCGAGGCGGAUGCUGCUUGGUUAAUAUGGGACUGUGACAGGGACCAGCUGAUCAGUAGAAAGCUAUCAAUGCUUCUGUCACACAAUGGCCAGCGUGCGAUCCUCGUACAAUACAGCAAACACCCAAAGUGGAGAUCUCUGGAUCAGGGGGACAUCUGCCAGGAAAGACUCAGACAUAGGAGAGCUUCUGACGAUUCGACGUACGAGGAUGAAGAGCAAACAGGAGAGCUGACAGCUAUGACAAAGGAACAAAGAGAGUAUCUACGUUGGUUCUACCGCACAGAGGACCCAACCACAUGGACAUUUGUACUGCUGGGACUGGCCUUUGUCUGCCUUCUUGUUGGUUUUCUUCUGUUGGGAAUGGGAGCCAUGGCAAAUAAGAGCAGGAAGAAGAUAGCUGAGUACAAGGCUGCAACAUCUCUGCUUCAGAAAAAUGAAGAUCAGGAGCUGCUCAAAGAAAACAGCACACACCCAGCAUCAGACAUGCCACUGCAGGGAAACAAGCCUCACAUGUCCAACAGUGACACAAGCGAGCAGAGCAAUGCGGGAAAUAUUGUGGGCACAUGGAAAGAUGGCAACACCUCCUGCCUGUACCCAGAUCCUGCGGUGGAAGAGAAACAGGAGGAAGAGAAAAAAGAGAAGAUGACAGCUGCUGAGCUCAACUCUCCAAUUGAAGUGAAGAUUAUGAGCUGAAGAGGUCAUAGUGAAUACCAGUGGGAG